ACAGAAGCUGCUGAUGGCAACUCGACCCUGGGCGGCGGGACGGGCACCAUGGGGCUGAGCGCCCGCUACGGCCCCCAGUUCACCCUGCAACACGUCCCCGAUUACCGACAGAACGUCUACAUCCCGGGCAGCACCGCCACCCUCACCAACGCCGCCGGCAAGCGCGAUGCCAAGAGCGCCGGCUCCUCGGGCGGCAACAAGAAGAAAUCUGGGAAGAAGGAGAAGAAGUAAAGAAGAAGGAGACCUUAGAGCUACAGGGCAGCCGGCUCCAGCACUCCCCAAACCACAGCCCAGGCCGGAGGACGAAUGUGAAUUUUUUUUUUUUUGGUGAGGCCAAAAGUAAGAAACGCUGCGAAUGUAUCUCAUCAUCAUCAGAGCUAGGAGCAGGGGCUCGCUGCUGUUAGAUCUCGUGAUGAAAACCAAUCCGGAAGCUAAACCGAACGCAAACAAGUGCCCUGUGAAUACUUGCUAAUGUUUUAUACGAUCCCUUGGGUAUUAGAGUAUGCAAGGACAGGAGGUCUUCUGCCAUGUCUUUGGAUCCGAUUUGCUCCCAGAUUGUCCGAGAAAGGCGCAAGGCUUAUGCUCGGCUUUGCCCAGUGUAAAUAAUUUUAACACAGGAUCUUUUAAUUUCUAGACCUUCGAUCAUUUUUUUGGAAAGGAAAAGGAAGUUCCUAGCUUAGAGCCCAUGCUCCAGAUCUUUGCUUUUAAACUUUCCAUUAGUAAAAUUCACCCCCGGUUAAUGGUAGCAAUGGGUUUGUUGCUGAGAAGUUGGUAGGGAGUGCUUCAGUUCCUGCUU